AUGCUCGGAAGCCCAAGAUGUGCCGGCGUGAUGCUCGUGACAAGCUUGACCUGGAGGAUGUCCUGGGCGCAGCCUCUUGGAGCGGGAGGUCUUCAGAGCUCGGGCGGAGGCGGCGGAGGCGGGUUAGGUCUCGGCUUUGGCGGGUCUCCCCCCGUACAGAGCGGCCUGGGCCUGGGGACGCCUGCUAGCACUGGCUUGGGGCCAGGCUUGCCCACAGGCAACAGCCUGAUUGGUGGUCUGGGAGGAAGUGGCACAGGUGGGGGUGGCCUUGGUGGUGGCUCAGGCGGCUUGGGUGGCGGCGGCGGCUUCGGUUUAGGCACCGGCUUAGGCUCAGGCGGUUUGGGCGGUGGCUUGGGUGCAGGUGGUCUGGGUGGUGGAGGCUUGGGUGGUCUGGGUGGUGGAGGCUUAGGGGCUGCGGGAGGAGGUAUGGGAGGAGGUAGUAUGGGUGGCUUAGGAGCCCCGCCUAUGAGCGGUGGAGGCUUGGGCGGCGGUUUGGGACUUGGAGCAAAUGCUGGAUUCGGUGGAUCUCCAGCAGGCUUCGGAGGCCUCGGAAAUCAGCCGGGCAGCACAACGAAUGCUGUUCCGGGAUUUGGCGCUCUUGCCGGGAUGGGAGGAGAUAGUCCGUUGGCAGGUGGCCCGGCGUCUCCCUCGCCAAUGUUUUCCAAGCUUCCUGGCGAUCCGAGCACAUUGCACCAAGCCUUUCACUAUGCAGACAUUGCAGCAUUCCUUUUGCAGCCUCCCGCGCCGCAUUCCAUUCAAGACUGCCGCGAGCUUUGCCAGCGAAACGAGACCUGUGCGGCCUGGGAGGUCUGUGCUCCGUUGGGUGAUGGCUGCGAUGGCUGCUACCUGGUAUCCCGGGCUCCUCGGCGCUGGGAUCAGCGCCAUGGGUGGCACGCCGAAAUUCUGCCAGGCAGAGAGGAGCUUGGAUGGAAUGCAGAAAGCGAGUUCAGUCCAGCGAAUCUGACGCAGGAAGGCUGCAAGGCUUUUCUGCUGCAAGCAAACGGAGCAGACCAAAGCGUCCCGUUCCACGAGCCAGCGAUCAUGCAAAAGUAUGCGGCGUGCGGAUCCUUGAUCUGGGAAGGGGAGCAGGACCGGGACCUCACAGUCGUGGGGCAGCAUUGGCCGACGUUCGUUGUCACCCACUUCCGGGAACCCCCGAUCUUGCUGCCCCAGGAUGUGGAGCGGGAGAUGCUAGCUUCCGCACCCCGCGCGCCUCGUAGCCCAUCGCCACUUGCUGCGGCGGCUUUAGCAGCCGCCGAGCGUCCAGGUGUGACAUCACAGCUCCAUGGUACAAUCGGCUCGCAAAACUGGGAGGACCGGAAGAACAAGGCUCGUGCUCCACAUGCCUUCCUCCUGCCUUUCUAUGACACCAACAUCGGGCACUGGAUGAAGCAGCAUGGUUCCAUGAACCCAUUGCAAUCCUACGAGAUGCAAUCGUUGCUUCAGCCAGGGGACACUGUCAUCGACGUGGGCGCUAAUCUCGGAUGCUACACGGUGCCGUUUGCAGAGCGUGUAGGCAUGGCAGGCAAGGUCAUCUCCUUCGAGCCAUUCCGUUGGCUUCGUCAAGUCGUAGCGGCCAACGUAGCUAUGAACGGCCUGAGCAACGUGUGGCUUCCACCCGUGGGACUGAGCACGUCGCGAGCAAGCUUUGAGGCACGUCCACCUCAGCUGAAAUUCUUUUCGUCUCCUGGCGGGAUGAAGCUGCAGCAGCAGCAACAGGAUGCCAAGCCUGAGGAGGUCAUGCAGCUCUACGACUGGGAUUCUGCACCCGAGCGCAUCACUGUUCUCAGCCUUGACGAGGUUCUCGGACUGGUGCCGUCACCUGGUGUGGAGCUGCUCGGCCUCCCUCAAGUGGAUGACGUUCGCCUCAUCAAGAUCGAUGUGGAAGGAAUGGAGAAGGAGGUACUUGCAGGGGCCAGGCGGGUGGUACAGGCCUUUAAACCCAUCGUUUGGACUGAGAAUGUCGCUUACUUUUCGUCGAACGGUCAGGAUGUGUCCUUUCUGCAGAUCAUGGACGAGAUGGAGUAUGUCUUCGCAUCAGACCACCACCAGAAAAUAACAAGGAGCCGCCACAGUCUGCAACUCUCGAAAGCCCUUUGCUGGGCCGUUGCAGCAACCAUGGAUGAAGAAGCUGCCUUUGGCAGCGUCCGGGGCACUGCGAUCGGUGUCUAUGUGGAGAGACCCAACAAACCGGGAAAGGUUUUCAAGCUUCGAGAUGUUCGUACCCAUGGUACUAGCAAAGACUGGCCGACAGCCAGCAAAGAGAUGCCAGCGCGGCGAAGCUAUGGCAGCCAAGACUAUCCGAGAGCAGCGGAUGCUAGACGCUCUCGUGAUCCAUCGCCGCUUCCAACCCCAAGCACUUCCACCUUCCGGCCAAGAGGUCUGGAAACUCCAGACUCACGCCGUCUAGAAACACCAGACUCGCGCCGCAUGGACUCAUCACCAUCACGUGGGCGCUCCGGUUCACCACAACGACUGACUGUAGAGCCCAGAUUCGCAGAAGAGCGAAGCAUUCCUCGCCGGCAAAUGCUCGUGGAACGCAACGAGGAGGACUCGUAUCCACGUCACAGCACCAUCGAGUCCCGACAGUCUUCCCGCGACAGCCUGCGCUGGAGUGCGAAUGUAGACCCGCGGCCAACUAGCGCUGCCUUCGACGAUAGGCGUCAGCAAAGUCAGCAAAGUCAGCACAGCCAUUACUCAGGGAGCAGACGGCCAAGCAUUGACUACUACGGUGGCAUCAGUGCCUCGGCCGAGCUGGCAGCUUAUCGAAGACCGCCGGCGCCAGUGCCGGCGCCGGGCCCGCCAGUCGCAGUGCCGCCUUCGAACGAGGACUUCCGAAGCUGGCUCGCUGGCGUGUUGGAAUCGGAGCGCGAGGUGGUGCAUGAGGUCAUCAAGGGGCGGCACAUUGAGAUCCUUAGCCAGGUCAAUCUCAAGCUCGACAGCAUGGGAAAGCCUGCAGCGCCGAGCGACAUGCCCAAGCCUUUACGCGUGACGCCAGUACCGCAUCAGAAAGGCCCAGAGUCGCAGCUGCAUUUGCCGGGAGUCUUAGUGGUGCGCGAAGAUUGGGCGGCUGGAGCGAAGGACCCCGAGACAGGACUCAGUUCAAAAAAGGUUUCUGUCACGGACGACACUGACGCAAGGUCGGUUGGUCCGGAGGACAUGCCGGUGGUGAUCACAUCGAGCCUGCCACCACCAGAAAGAUCCAUAGCCUUCAGUGAGCCGGAUCUAAGAAGAACGAAGUCCGCGGGAUCGCUCGGCAGAUCAGAUACACAUGGGGAUGCGAAGAGCAGGGGAGCUGUUAGUGUUGCAAGCAGCCGCAUGACCCAGACCAUUCCUCAUCUUCGGAAGAACAGCCUCUUGGAGGGCCUCAAAGAGCUUCCUUUUUGGCAUCCAGGACGGUACGUGCACACGACGCAGUUCGAUGCACUCUUCUGCGGCGUCAUUUUAGCGAACACCGUCGUGAUGGCGCUACAGAUGCAAUACAAUGGCCUUCGUCGUGGCUACGUAUUGGGUGCUCCACAUUUCAACUACGAUGCUAGUGAAUACUGGCCGCAAGCACCGGUGAUUUUCACAUUCUUGGACUGGGUAUUCGGCAUCACGUAUUGCAUAGAGAUGAUUGUCAAGCUGAUUGGUUUCAAGAAGCGCUUCUUCCUGGAAUGGUGGAAUUGGUUCGAUGGGGCCAUUGUGCUCAUGUGGCUAGUAGAAGUCGCGCUCCAGUCCGUUGUUGCGCUGGAGCCUGCAAUUCUCCGAAUGAUGCGAAUGGCACGACUGCUUCGGCUCAUUCGAUUAGUAAAGACAAUUCAAGGCUUCGACGCGCUGUAUAUCAUGACGACUGCCAUGCAGGGAAGCGCAACAUGUUUGUUUUGGUCCUUCAUGUUGCUGACCACAGUGCAAGUGAUGAUCGCGUUCUUCCUGAACGAGUCUUUGGAGGUUUAUUUCACGGAUGACAGCAAGCCUGCAUCCGAGAAGCUGGAAGUUUUCGAGUACUUUGGGACGACUGCACGGGUCAUGCUCACCAUGUUUGAACUGACCCUGGCGAACUGGCCAACAGCUGCCCGAAUAUUGCAGGAGAAUGUCACAGAGUGGUACUCUAUUUUCUCGGUUGCUUACAAGCUGAUCGUCGGCUUUGCGGCGGUUGGAAUCAUCAAUGGUGUCUUCAUGCAAGAGACCUUCAAAGUGGCAGCAUCAGAUGACAAGUUGAUGAUGCGUCAGAAGGAGCGAGAUCGUAAUCUACACACCAAAAAGAUGAGAACUCUUUUCGCAGCGGCUGAUGAGUCCGGAGACGGCUUCAUCGACCGAGAAGAGUUCUGCGAAAUUAUGAACAUCCCGGAAGUCAGGACCUGGUUGGCGGCUCAAGAGCUUCCCGUUCGUGACCCAAAUAUGUUGUUCAGUUUGCUUGAUGAUGGAGAUGCCGAGCUCACCGCGGAAGAGCUAGUCAAAGGCGUCGAGCGCCUGAAAGGAACUGCCAAAGGCAUUGACCUUGCUGCGUUCAUAGCCGAAUACCCGGUGCUGCCGCGUUUCCCACAGGCGUGGCCUUCGCCCUUCGUUACAAUGAGUGUUAACCAGAGCUCGGAGCCUGCCUUGAUCAGCAAGAAGGGAAAGACGGCCAAGGUAUAUACCUUGAGACAGCUUUGUUCCCAACGAUUUCACAUGGAGCAACCCGAUCUGGUACAUACUCCAACGAAGCUCUUCGACAAAGGCGACAAAUUGGGUGGCUCCUCGGAGUUUUUUUCUGGUGGUUUCUUGAGCCCGAAGUCCACCGAGACCUUGGAAGGCUGGCUCCAGGAAGCAUUCCGAGAGCAGCAGAUCGCAGUAGCACAGGCACUGCAAGUCCGGCAGCAGUGGAUGAUGCAACAACUUCUUGGCAAGCUGGAUGUCGUCAGCCCCACAAACAGAAGCAGCUCUGGAACCGACGCGACACCACUUCGGGUGCCGGCGGCACAGGUCUCAACUCGAUUGAACAGCAGAGGAAGCAGCAGAGAGCGUGCCAUGGAUCCAGUAGAGCCACAGGCUCCUCCAUUGCCUCCUUUCCCACCGCUGCCGAAUCAGCUGCCCAACAACUUCUCCGAGUCAGAUCCAGUGCAAGGCGCCAAGUCUACCGAGAUCAUGAGCCUCGAGAUCCCCCGGGCUGGUGGUCGCAGCAGGAUGGGUGCAAAGCCGGACGUAUUGAAACUCGACGACGAGGAUGACGACCUACUAGCCACUCAGGCCUCGAAGGACUCUAUCGCAAAUUCCGGAUACAGUGGCAGCAAGUCGCCAACUGUGAGUGGCCGACCGAGUCAAAGCAUGGGUGCAAGCCGUGCUGGCGGCGCGCAGCUCUUCCGGAGGGCUGAUGACUUCUUGGAUCAGCUCAAAAUGCCUUUUUGGCAUCCAGGACGGAUAGUGAAAACCACACAAUUUGAUGCCUUUAUUUGCGCGGUCAUCAUGCUGAACACAUUGGUGAUGGCCUUCGAAUCCCAAUAUCUUGGUCUCCAAAGAGGCUAUGACCUGGGCUAUCCGCGCUUCACCCUGCCAGCCAGUGAAGAGUGGCCUCUAGCAGAUCUCGGCUUUUUCAUGUUGGAUUGGGUUUUCGGUGUGAUCUACUUCCUAGAGAUCAUCAUCAAGAUCAGCGGCCUUAAAUGCGGAUUUAUCAAGGACCCAUGGAAUUGGUUUGACACGUCCUUGGUCAUGUUUUGGCUGGUGGAGAAGACCUUGAGCGCCUACGCGCAGCUGGAUCAGGGCCUUCUCAGAGUGCUCCGAAUGGGGCGAGUGCUGCGUCUCUUGAGGUUGGUAAAGACUAUUCAAGGCUUUGAUGCCUUGUAUAUCAUGACGACAGCUAUGCAAGGAAGCGUCACAGUGCUUUUUUGGUCGUUUGUGCUGCUGAUGGUGGUGCAGACUCUCAUUGCGUUCACCCUUAAUCAAGCAUUGGACAGCUACUUCAAAGAUAAGACGAAACCUGUGAACGAGCAGCACCAGGUGUUCGAAUAUUUCGGAACAGCGGGGCGUGCGAUGUUCACCAUGUUUGAACUCACUCUGGCGAAUUGGCCGACGGCAGCACGCAUCCUGCAGGAGAACGUAACAGAGUACUACGGCAUCUUCUCCGUAGCAUAUAAGCUCAUCAUCGGCUUUGCGGCGGUUGGCAUCAUCAAUGCCGUGUUCAUGCAAGAAACGUUCAAAGUGGCCGCCUCCGAUGACAAGCUCAUGAUGCGCCAGAAGGAGCGUGAUCGAAUGCUGCAUACAAAAAAGAUGCGGACCUUGUUUGCAGCUGCGGACGAAUCUGGUGACGGCGUGUUGGACCAAGAUGAGUUCAGAGAGAUCAUGAAUAGCCCGGACAUCAGGAUGUGGUUGGCAGCACAAGAGCUGCCAGUGCGAGAUCCAGACGUUCUGUGGAGGCUGCUUGACGACGGAGACGCAGAAUUAACUGCUGACGAGUUGGUCGCAGGAGUCGAUAGGCUGAAGGGCACUGCCAAAGGCAUUGACCUUGCUGCUUUUAUGAUGGAGACGCGUGAGUUUCAGAUCAAGAUCUGCGAGAAGCUUGGGAUUGAGAUGGAAAAGGACGAGGAAGAGGAGGACGACGAUGAUUGA